UUCAACCUGCGCUGCUGACGGCACACAUACCCACACAGUGCUGCGGCGGCCCUCUGUGGUCAGAAACUACUGUGAUUUCAGGCGCAAAAUACAUCGAAGCGUCUCCAUUGAUCACUACACUCGCAGAAUUAGCACUGCGCACGAUCAUCUAUUAAAGGGGAGAUUGCGUGAGCCGCACACAGGGGUGCAGAUGUAAGGGAAUAUACCUGCAGACAACAGCUGCCACACUGAUGACAGAGCAAAGGGGGAAGUCAGUUAGCCAGCUAACCACCCAAAGCUAAACUCCGACUAUCAGGCGGGUAAAUGUGCGUCGAUUUGGACGGCUCAACGUAAAGCAUCUGAACGGAGCCGGCCGUCCACUACAGGGAGUAUUUCGCAGACUGCACAGUAAGCCUGUCAGAUAUUGGCUGAUAUUGCUUGAGUGUCAGGUCUAGCAUUUGGCACACUGGCAUUCUGGUUUGACUUCCGCACAUAUACUGCUCUUCCACCUUUAGUUUUUGCUUUAUUUUGUAUUUUCCCCUCUGACUGUAUUAGACUAUGAGGAGGGUGACCGUGCACUGUGUUGCCCGGCUCUUGCUCGCGGCGUUGUGGCUGCUGGUGGAAGAGUGUCGGGCUGAGAGCGGGGCCCCGAGUCUGGCUGAGCGAGUUAUCUGGGCUGUAAACGCCGGCGGGGACGCGCACACAGACGUGCACGGCAUUCAUUAUAAAAAAGAUCCACUGGAAGGAAAAUUGGGGAAAGCAUCAGACUAUGGUGUUCGGCUGCCUAUACUGCGCUCCAGUCCAGAGGAUCAGAUUCUCUACCAGACGGAACGCUACAAUGAGGAUACAUUUGGAUAUGAAGUACCCAUCAGGGAAGAGGGAGACUAUAUACUAGUCAUGAAAUAUGCUGAGGUUUACUUCGCUCAGUCUCAACAAAAGGUUUUUGAUGUGCGUUUGAAUGGCCAUGUUGUGGUGAAAGAUCUGGAUAUCUUUGACCGUGUGGGCCACAGCACAGCUCAUGAUGAAAUAGUGCCAUUUUCAAUAAAAAGAGGAAAACUGAGUGUGCAUGGAGAAGUUUCUACCUUUAAUGGGAAACUCACGGUAGAGUUUGUAAAGGGUUACUAUGACAACCCCAAGGUUUGUGCACUGUAUGUGAUGAAGGGCAAGCUAGAAGAUGUUCCAAAACUACAGCCACAUCCUGGGCUGGAGAAGAGAGAGGAGGAUGAGGAGGAAGAAGAUGAGGUUGAGGCUGGAGAAGGCGAAAAGAAGAGUGCCUCCACCGCUUCCAAGAAUCCUGUUCGGUCCGGUCCACGCACCCCCAACCCAUAUGCUACUGAUAACAGCAGCCUGAUGUUCCCUAUACUAGUGGCGUUCGGGGUCUUCAUCCCCACCCUCUUCUGCCUCUGCCGACUGUGAAGGGAACCAGGUGAACGAGAGAGGGAGAGGAAAAGCGAUUGACAUCAGGCUGUGAAGGGGUGGGGGGAGGGACACACAGCUGCGGGGACAGGAAGGAAUACAGAUUGAAGUUAUAACAGAUAGAGAGAAAACAAAAGAUGAGUGAGGAACUCAGCAUGCAGAAAUGUGGAGGUUUGAGAGAUUGCUCCUCAUUGAAAAAGGUGACCCAGAAAAUACGAGGGCGAGGGCGAGAUCAUGUGUGUGUGUGUGUGUGUGUGUGUGUGUGUGUUUGUACACAUUUAAUAUCAGUUUUAGUUUGAGGAGAUCCAAGAGGUAUUGAAUAAAUGCACACCUACACACACGUGAGGCAGGACAAACCACUUUGCAAACCUGGUUUGUCUGGUCUUGCAAGAGAUAAGAGGAAGAGUUUGGGACGCUCCUAGAUCACCUGUCCUAAUUCAUAGUAAAUUAUUGGCUAGGAGUAUUUUCUGAUCACCUAUAGCAUUGAUCUGCUGUUCAUUGGCCUCCAGUGGGAGGCAGAAAUAGUACAGGAAACCUCUGAAGCCCUUAUUGACACAACCCUCAGUGGCAGGUAAUCAGGAGAUAUAUUAAACACUCAAAGCUUUCUGUUACUCCAGGUUCUUUCAUUGUCUUCAUGAUUUAAAGAAGCAUUAAGAACAAUGUUAAUCACCUUAUUUCCCAUUCUUCAAUUACAUAUUUGCAUAGCAACACAUUUUAAUAUCCAGCUGUAAAUUAUUCUUUUUUCCCCAUUCACAAGGACAGUUUGGUCUCAAAAUUACUGCAUAUCUUCUGCAUUAAAUAAUACAUGCAAUUUUCUGCUAAAGUUGGGCAUAGUUGUUCCCCCUUUAAUUAGGAACAUAAAGUGGGUCUUUCAUAAACUGGCAUUUGGGUCCCAGACAUUAAGAUUGUAUUGAGCAGAAGUGCUAAUUGAAAGUUUUAAAUGCCCAUAUUUCUCCACUCAUAUAGGUACAUGAUGUGUCUUGGAAAGCAUUUGAUUUGAUUGGUCAGUGUGCAUUAUUGUCUAAAUUAACAUUGCAUGGACUUUUGUCAUUACCAUGUUUUCUUUUUGCCACUAUCACUGAGUUUUCCUCCAGGCCCUUUUUUAACACCACCACCAAAGAAACUUUUUGAUUUAUGUGUGUUUACACAUAAUACCACCAGUUGUGGUGAAAAUGAAAAGUGUUUCCUGAUAAUGCUAUGAUUGACAAAUGUUGCCUGCGAUCGAUUGCGUCCAAUGAUGCAUAGUUCAACAGAUACAUGCCUGCCAUACACUGUGAAGUAUGGAUGCAGAUGUGAAGCAUGAAUUUUGUAUUCAAAGUGGCUUAAUUUCAGUGCUGUCAUUUAAGCUCGCACUCCUUUGUGAUUUAAUGAUAAUUGCGACUGUUGAGUGGUGGCCGAAAGUGAACUUUCACCAAAUCUGGGAACAUUUGCAUUCCACCUCAUCAAUUUAAUUUCUUUGAAAAAUGCAUUCUCUCAGCAUGUUUUGUGACUAGUAUAUGUUAUGUCUUACAAUUUGUAUCCUUUUUGUCUCUACGAUCAUGGCUGUAUGUCGUUUUUUCACCCAGGUAUUUCUAAACUGCAAUUUUGUUCAUUUAAUUUUGGUCAUACAAGCUUGCCUUAAAAUGUGAUUUGUGUGCUACCAAGAGACCACCUCUCACACUGCUGAAACCAUCGGACUCUUUCAAUAAUGACACAAUCAUGCCACUGUACUGUUUGAUUGUGUCCCAUGUGUGAGUGCUUGACCCUUUCUCUUCCGUUAACUUGUAAAAUAAAAUACUUAUGUUGGUCUUCACCCUCUCACGAUGGGAGGGCAGCGUUUUGCCUUUCAUGAUAACAUUGAAGCACCUUUUUCAGUUAUUAGAGUGUUGCAGAAAGUUGUUUGCUUAUUGUCGCCAAAGUCACGAGUUUUGUUGUUCCUCUUAUGAACUUUUACACGGUGCAUGUGUAUAUAAGGUACUUUGUUCACAUUUGUUGUGCCAUACGGUUAUUUUUCUUUUGCUGUUUGUUAAUGCUCUUACUAUUGGGGUGUCUGGGUUUUUAAAUCACUUGUUAAAGUUUGAAGGAGUAGCCUUGAAAUUUGUUCUGGUUGUGGAAAUGGUCUUUAUAAUGACAGUGAUAUGGUUUGCAGAUAGUCACAGACACUCUGACUUAUUGUCAGAAAGCGCUUGAAUCAUUUUGAGAGUAGUUAAUUUACGGUUGGAUUUCUUUUUAUGUUGUAUAAUAUAAGCAAAGGAUAUGGGUUGAAUAUUAAAAAUAUGGACACUUUGUCAAAAGCAGUUGCUUUUUCCUCAGGAUCUUUAGAUUUACUAGUGUGAAUUAUUGCACUGUCGGAUGUUUGUUUUUAAAGCAUUUUUGGUUUCUUUUUAGGUUUCUUUUUAUUUUCUGUUUUUCAUCAUGUACUUUUCCCUGUUGCCUUAAAUUUGAAUACAUCCUCAUGUGCUUUAACAUUAUGUGCUCUCAGAUUUGAUCUCUGUUAAUUUGUUGCAUUGUGGUUCAUCUUUUCUUUGUUUUGUCACCUGAUCAAAAUACACAUCUCCUUGGACAGUAGCCGAAGACCACAUGGAGGUCCUUCAUUGUGCCCUCUUUCGUGAAGAGUUCAUGUGUAUUGCUUCAUGCCACACAAACUGUUGUCGCAGGAUGUAGUUCCUCGGAUAAUGUUAGACAUGUCUCUGUUGAACUACCAGUCCCCCUUUAACCCUCCUCCCUGUGAACUGAACAGAACAUGGAAACUGGUGAAAUAAUAACAGAACUGUUACCCCCACUGUCCUAGAGAGGCUUCUGAACUGAGAACUGCAAAUUGAUGCGGUUUCUUUUUAAUAAAUGUGCUAUUUUAUCUAA